UUUAAGUUUCCAACUUGUAGGAGGUAAUGCGUGCAGAACUGGUAAACUACCUACGUCACAAGCUGCUCGCAGCUCCUCACAGCUCCUCGAGCUUCCAGAUACCAUCUACCUGCCUUCAUGUAACGUAAACUCCUCUUCGCCCCCUGGGAUUUUCAUGGUAUAACAGUACAAGAAGCGAACAGCAAUGCCGUCCCUAUUCCCUUCCACGAGUGCUCUCAGCGCAACAUUCGGCCACGCUUCACCACACCAGUCAUCACCGCGCAAAGACAUUUCCCACCUGUACCCAGCUUGGGACGUGACCGAAGAUGCCAAACACAAGGCUACUCAAUUGAGUGAUGCCGCCAGCAAAGAGAUUGCAAAAGCCAGUCAUCUCGCUCAAGAGAAGACGGGAAAGAUUGAACUGUACAGUGGGAAGUACUAUGCUGCUUGCACCUUUGGUGGCUUGAUGGCCUGUGGCAUCACGCACUGGGGCGUCACACCACUGGAUCUCGUCAAAUGCCGUCGCCAAGUCGACUCGAAGCUCUACAAGGGCAACGUCGAAGGCUGGCGCACCAUUAUCCGCUCCGAAGGCGCUCGAGGUCUCUACACCGGUGGCUCUCCCACAUUCUUCGGCUAUUCGGUCCAAGGAGCGCUCAAGUACGGCUGGUACGAGUACUUCAAGAAGUUCUACUCGGAUCUUGCAGGUGAGGAGAAUGCUGUCAAGUAUAAGACAGGGAUCUACCUCGCUGGUUCUGCGUCUGCGGAGUUCUUGGCCGACAUUGGGCUGUGUCCGUUGGAGGCAGUGAAAGUGCGGAUGCAGACGACAAUGCCUCCUUUUGCGAGCGGAACUUUUGACGGCAUCAGCAAAAUCGUGGCUGCCGAGGGCGUUGGAGGACUGUACAAAGGUAUUGGACCGCUUUGGGCCAGACAAAUUCCGUAUACGAUGAUGAAAUUCGCCUCGUUCGAGACUAUUGUCGAAAUGAUCUACAAGUCCCUCCCCAAGUCCAAAGACGAGUAUUCCAAAGCCGCGCAGACCGGAGUUGCUUUCACAGGUGGUUACUUGGCUGGUAUCCUCUGCGCAAUCAUUUCUCACCCUGCAGAUGUCAUGGUCAGCAAGUUGAAUGCCAACAAGAAGGCCGGAGAGUCUGGUGGUGCGGCCGUGGGAAGGAUCUACAAGGAGAUUGGAUUCGGUGGACUCUGGAGUGGUUUGCCUGUUCGUAUUGUCAUGAUUGGAACCCUCACGGGCUUGCAAUGGAUGAUCUACGACACCUUCAAGCUGUUCAUGGGUCUGCCCACGACCGGUGGAGGUGGCCACAAGGAGGAAAAGAAGUAGUAAUGAACGAGCCCAAGAACAUGACAGCACUGGAGAACAGACCUAGGAGAUGAUGAUGAUGUAUCAGAUUUGUUCACUUAGAAUACCACCAAUGCCGAGUCUCGCUACC